AUGGUUGCUGCUUAUACUGUGAGGAAGGUGUUAUUAAUCGUUUUUUUACGCUAUGCUUGUGAGUUAAAAAAGAAUGCACAGUCGAGUACUGCUGAUGACCCCCUAACUCCAACCGACAACAUAGAGACUCGGCAUCGCACGGAAGUGUCUGAUCAAGAAUUAGGGGAUGAGGAUUACGACCCAGAGGCGGAUGAAGUUCCGUCGUUUGAUGACCACAUUGACGACUUGUUUGCUGCCCAAGAAGUCGAAGAAGACGGUGUUAAAAAAGUUUCUAAGCUGAGUGUGAAGGAGGCUAUAGCCCUCCCUUCCAAUACGAAGAUAGUACUCCCAUUUAACAGUCAGCUGCAACCGAUUGGUCAGGCGGCAGGAUUACUAAGUGGUUUCAUAGGGAAUUUGGGUGCGGAUUAUUCCCUGUUCCCCAUACAAUUAGAAAGUUGGAAGCUGGUGAGCAAAGCAAAGAGAGAUCAUGCGUACAACAUGCUUAAGAAACAAAUAAGGACUUAUGAGGAAAAUCUUCGGCAUCACCCGAAAGGAAUAGACAAAAAUGAUUGGAAAAAGUUCGUUGACUAUCGCCUGAAUGAAGACACCCAGAAAAAGUGUAAACAAAACACUUUAAAUCGGAGCAAGCAAGUUUACACACAUACUGGGGGCUCCAAAACCUUGGCACGAAAAAAAGACGAAGUGGAGAGAGAGCAAGGGAGGCCCGUUGGUAGAGGAGAGUUGUUUAUCAUGACUCAUAAGAAAAGAGAUGGCUCGUAUAUCCACCCCGAUGCGCGUGUUGUUAGUGAAGCAAUUUCAAAUGUUGAGAGGCAGGAUGGAUCCUCUAAGCAGCUUUCACAGAAUGACUCGUUAGCACAAGUUCUCGGAAAGGAGCACCCAGGACGAGUUCGUGCUCUAGGUGCUGGACCAUGUCCCACCCAAAUCUUUGGUAACGCUGCUGGAAUACCAUUGGGUUCUGCAGAGUCCAAUGCAGAGGAUAAGAGGACUAUUGCAGAAUUGACGGCUAAGCUAGAAGAAGAGCGGGCGAAGAGACAAUCAAUACAUAAGGUCUUGGGAUAUGUAGUCCAACAGUUAGGAGGCAAUUUGCCAGUUGAGAUUGCUGAAGAGCUGGCUUUUGUGGGCGGUACACCGGACUCGUCAUGCGUAGGGCCAUCUUCAUCUGGAAACCACGACCCGCAACAAAAACUUUGAAUUUCAACUAAUGGUCUUGGAUACCUUUUACAUUUAAGUUGGUUUAGUAUGUUAGGCUUAUUUUAUCAAACUUGAGCAUUCUUACUUUAUUUUGGAUGAUAUUAUGACAAUUUCGUUAUAUAUGUUAUUUUUGCAUAACUUAAA